AGAGACGCCUGCGAAACCAGCAGAAAUGUUUGCUGAUUUAGAAAGAAUUAUGAGUUUCUUGUUAAGUGAUGUUAGAAAAACUGCGCGGUAUACUCUUUGCAUGCAGUUGUAUAUCUGUAACUGUCAGAAAAUAGAGUUCUCUUUGAAAAAACAGCAGGUUUUGGCCUAUUCAUUGCUAUAUCUACAUCAGAUAAUGAGUAUCAUACCGAUUUUCGAUAUGCAAAUCAAUGUAAAGUUAUGUGACAAUUGCCAAAUCGGCCAACAAUGUUGACCGAUUUCAUUGGAACAUGAACCGCCAGCUUGGAGGCUUUCAUUUACGCUACAUUUUACAGCUGCACUGUUUUCAGCUGCUGAGAUUUCCGACUAAAACACACAGUUUACUUUAAUGUGGUUGGUUCUUACUUGCAUCUGUAAAAUUGUUCGGAAAAGAUUGCCUGACGACAAAUAAUAAAAGAAUACAAAGAUCGUUGAUCACCCCCUCCAUUUAAUCUCUUACAUUUCACACAUUCACAGCCGUUAUGUCACUAAUAUGAAGUUUGUUCAGAUUUAACCGAGACGUUCUGUUGCAUCCAUUAAUCUAGUACUUACCCUUUUGUAACUGUCUGGACUUCUCGGUGCCAUGCCACUAGGUAUUAGCAGCAUAGACGACGGUAAAUGUGUCCCUGAUCAAAGGGUUAAACCAAAGAGUCGUUGUGUUAUGCGACGUUUGUUCGAAUGUGACUGUGAUUAAGCACAUUUGAUUUGCAAUUAAAUCGCAUGGUCAUUAUCUCACUUGCUGCAUUUAGUAUAAUUUUUUGUUUUAUUUUAAAUUUCCUGUCACCUAAAACUCGUUAAAUUCUUUCUCAAGGAAUAAAUAUUCUUGAAAGUCGACCGGCGUAGCAAUGGAGCACCGACCGCUGAUCUUAGCAUUUCUCGUGGCCCUGGUCAUAAGUUGUGCAUCUGGCGUCGAACGGCAGUCAGAAAGGCGAAGGCAGUGCCCAGACCCCAACUCAUACGGCCGUAACUGCUUCAUCUACCGGGACCAGUGCAAGAACUCGAGACAGUGUCAGCAGAGCGGCCAGCGGUGCUGCCUCGUGGCGGGCUGUGGUCACGAGUGCGUCGACCUUCUCGCCAACAACUCCGUAUGUCCAGCGCCUGAUUCGUUCGGCCGAGUGUGCAUCCAAUACCACGACCAGUGUCAGAGCUCCGCGCAGUGCAGCGCCGGCAAGAAGUGCUGCCUCGUUGCUGGGUGUGGCAAGGAGUGCAUGUGAAGCCGGCACCACUGCAAAAUAACUCUCGUGUUUUACUGUAACGCUUACAAUUUUUUAUCUUAAUUGCCGAAAUAUACGAUGCUAAUUAUAACUUCUAGUGAAACCA